AACUGCAACAAGAUGAACAAAUUUGGUCCUAAGAAUGUCUCUUCCUUUGUUUCCGGACACAGCAAUAUCCUCUGGCCUCCUCCGCAGAUCUCGCGAAGCGGAGAUGAAAGAGAAAGGACGGAGAGCUUUUGCACCCAAAAUAGAACGUUUUUUUAGCCGAUUGUGGUGAAUCAAUCUUUCCUCUGUGCUAAUGCAAACCCAUCUGGAGCUAAUGUAGGGGUUGAUUUGGACUCCCCCAUCUUUGACCCAUUCCCAUCUUGGGUGAUCUAGGUUUUCACGAUUUCGAUCGACUCUUGAUGGGUUUUGGGGGUAAUGGGUUGUGUUAGCUCGAAAAGGUCUAAAAAAUCUUCGUCGCCCGUUUACGAUACACCGAUUAGGGUUGUUAAGCGUAAUGGGUCGUCAAAGAAUUUUGAUUCCUUGCAACGAAACCGAGGUGGGUUUGGGGAGGAAUUGGAGAAGAUAAGGGAGGAACCAGAGAAGGAAAGGGAAAAGGAGAAGGAGAAGGAGGAUUCGGUUCACCACCACAAUCGCGAAUUGAAGAAGUCCAAGUCCACCAAGAAGGGAAACUCUGAGAAAAGGGCUGUUUUCAGCUUGAAAUUUGGGAGGUAUACCGAAGCAGAACAGGUCGCUGCCGGUUGGCCCCCUUGGCUCAGCGCCGUUGCCGGAGAAGCCAUCGAGGGAUGGCUGCCCCUCAGGUCUGACUUAUUCGAGAAAUUGGAUAAGAUAGGACAAGGUACAUAUAGCAGCGUAUACCGUGCACGUAAUGUUGAAACUGGUAGGGUGGUUGCCCUGAAGAAAGUGCGCUUUGACACUUUUCAGCCAGAAAGUGUCCGGUUUAUGUCACGAGAAAUAACUAUUCUCCGCAAGCUUGACCAUCCAAAUGUCAUGAAAUUGGAGGGUUUAAUUACUUCUCGAUUAUCAUGUAGCAUAUACCUUGUGUUUGAAUACAUGGAACAUGACCUUUCUGGACUAUUAUCAUGUCCUGACAUCAAGUUCAGUGAUGCACAGAUUAAGUGCUAUAUGCGGCAGCUAUUAUCUGGAGUUGAGCACUGCCAUUCGCAAGGAGUACUCCAUCGGGACAUCAAAACAUCCAAUGUCUUGGUAAAUAAUGAAGGAAUUUUAAAGAUAGCAGAUUUUGGAUUGGCAAAUUUCCUAAGUGCAAAGCGCAGGCAACCAUUAACAAGUCGUGUAGUGACAUUAUGGUAUCGUCCUCCUGAACUUCUAUUGGGGUCCACGAACUAUGGGACAUCUGUGGAUAUGUGGAGUGUGGGCUGUGUAUUCGCUGAACUUUUCAUUGGGAAGCCUAUCCUUAAGGGAAGAACUGAGGUCGAACAAUUACACAAAAUUUUCAAGCUUUGUGGUUCUCCAUCUGAUGAGUACUGGAACAGGUCUAAACUUCCUUUUGCUACUAUGUUCAAACCCCAGCAUCCUUACGAAAGUACUCUUCGGCAGAGGUGUAAAGAAUUCCCAAAAACUGCUGUGAACCUAAUAGAGACUUUUCUUUCAAUAGAACCUUACAAGCGAGGGACUGCUUCAUCUGCCCUUGAUUCUGAGUAUUUCUCGACAAAGCCUUAUGCAUGUGAUCCCUCAAGUUUGCCAAAGUACCCACCAAACAAAGAGAUUGAUGCAAAAUUGCGUGAAGAAGCACGAAGGAAAAAGCCUGGUGCUAGAGUGCGAGCAUCUGGUGCCUCAAGAAAUCCAAGAAGAGUUCGUAAAGCUUUGCAAGAACCAAGCACUUUCUAUAAUGUGGUGCCAACUGAGGAGAUGGAAGGCAGCUCUCAAUUUCCUCAUAAAAACAAUGGUAACAGCACACGUCCUCUUAUUAAAGGAAAAGCAGCUACUGAGUGUAGGGAGACAAUGAAGUCAUCAUACGAUACAGUGUCCGAAGCUUCUCAGGUGACCGAGAUAUCCCAAGGGGACAGUAUUCGCUCAGUCCCAGUACAAGCCACAACAUCAAGUGGCUUUCCAUGGACAAAAAGACAAAAGGGGGAUGCUGCAUCCACAAGAUUACAUGGUCAGUCCAGUUCAAGAACUCAAAAUGCAGGUGCACUGGGGCAAGAGAAUGAGGGGUUUCCAAGUAGGGGCAGUCCUGAUACGAGAAACAGUGAUUCACACGAGAUUGUUAAGCAUGUAAUACCGAGACAGCAAAGCCAACUUGAUCGCCGAGAUUCUUUCAAUGCAUCUGCUUUAUACCAUUCCCAGGAAUUAUCAGUGGAUUACAAUGAUCGGCACAAGGUUCAUUUUUCGGGGCCAUUGUUACCUCAAUCACAUAAAACUGAUGGAAGGCAAGAAAGUAAUAUCCAUCCAUCUGUUGGUAGAUCACGGUUUUAUAGAGACUUGUGAUGCACAGAAAUUAGGAAAGCGAAGAUCCUCCGCACCCUCAGAGAGGGGAAAAGCUUGUGCAGACUUCCUAGCCAGCCUUCGCCAGCCCAUCGAAGUUGUUAAAAGUCCCUUGUAACUUGAGCUGCUGCUGCUGCUGCUGCUGGUGCCACCUUUUCGAGGUUUUACCCCUGAGCCUUGUUCUCAUUUGUAUUUGUACCCCGAGAAAAGGGAAAAGUUGAACCUGAUUGAUGCAAUAUUAUAGGAACAUCAAAUAGAAAAAAUGGAGUCACUAGAGAAAAUGAUGCUAACAAAUUAAUACAAUUUUGAGAGCUGAAACAGGAUCAAUUCAGAUGAGAAAGCAAAUAAGCUCAUCAGUCUGAAUGCAUGUAAAUAAGCUCAUCAGUCUGAAUGCAUGUAAAAUACAGUGGAGCAGUUUCAUUUUUGGCUCGUGUUCCAAACACCAUCAUUUUAAUCGUACAUCUUUCUUUUUUGUUA